AUGUGCUCAUGCAUCCCUACCCUCAGCCCCUCCCAACCCUCAGGCCCUACCAACCUCAGCCCAAAGCCCUUGCCUACACUCCCUGAACACCAUAUCCUUUCCUUACCCUUGUCAACUCUCCUUUCCCAACCCUCAGCCCCUCCCAACCCUCAGCACCUCCCAACCCUCAGCACUUCCCAACCCUCAGCCCCUCCCAACCCUCAGCACCUCCCAACCCUCAGCACUUCCCAACCCUCAGCCCCUCCCAACCCUCAGCACUUCCCAACCCUCAGCACUUCCCAACCCUCAGCACUUCCCAACCCUCAGCACCUCCCAACCCUCAGCACUUCCCAACCCUCAGCACUUCCCAACCCUCAGCCCCUCCCAACCUCAGCCCCUCCCAACCUCAACCCCUCCCAACCUCAACCCCUCCCAACCUCAACCCUUCCCAACCUCAACCCUUCACAAUCCUUAGCCCCUCCCAACCCUCAGCCCCUCCCAACCUCAGCCCCUCCAAACCUCCGCCUCUCCCAACCCUCAGCCCCUCCCUACCUCCGCCCAUCCCAACCUCAGGCCCUCCCAACCUCAGGCUCUCACAACCUCAGCCCCUCCCAACCCUCAGCCACUCCCAACCCUCAGCCCCUCAUAACCUCAGCCCCUCCCAACCUCAGCCCCUCCCAACCCUCAGCACUUCCCAACCAUAGCACUUCCCAACCUCCGCCCCUCCCAACCUCAACCCUUCCCAACCUCAACCCCUCCCAACCUCAACCCUUCACAAUCCUUAGCCCCUCCCAACCCUCAGCCCCUCCCAACCUCAGCCCCUCCAAACCUCCGCCUCUCCCAACCCUCAGCCCCUCCCUACCUCCGCCCAUCCCAACCUCAGGCCCUCCCAACCUCAGGCCCUCACAACCUCAGCACUUCCCAACCUCAACCCCUCCCAACCUCCAAACCCUCAGCCCCUCCAAACCUCAGCCUUAUCCCUUCUUCUCCCUGCCCUUAGCCUUCCCUACCCUCCCUCAACACUUAUCCCUUCUUUACCCUCAUCAACUACCUAUUCCUUACCCUCAGCCCCAAGCCCAGGUUUCCUGCCCUCAGCAUCAUCACCUCCCACCACCUACUAUUCUUAAUUCCAACUUACAGGCAGUGCGAGCACCUCCCUGCUCUCAGCCCUAG